GCUCAUUACUGCGCAGAUCUUAAACAAGUCACAAGUAUCCAGUUUAAGUCGGGAUAUAAAAAUAUUAAAGUGUUGUAAAUAACAUUUCGUCAGUGUAAAAUAACAUUUACAAAAAAGAGUUUUAAAUAAUUUCGAAAUAUGAACGUGUUUUUGGCCUUCACGUUGGGUCUCAUUUCGUUGACGAUUGUCAAAGCUGAUGUGAGUCAUUUACAACAGAAUUCUCGCCAACAUUCGGGAACGACUUUAGUUGCCAAUAAUGGGCAGCUUGUGAAACAGUCAUUUAAUCAAAAUGGUGACGCUACCUAUUCCAGUCAUUCAUUUGACGCUGGUAACAAACAAAAUUCUAAGUCUCGCUAUUGGUGGAUGAACACUGAAACAUUACCACAAAACAAUGCACGAAACUAUUUUUCUGCCUCGGGAUGUGGUGGGUGUGCAAGCCGCUCAUUGAACAUUAAACACAAUCCACAACAUGCUACCACACAAAACAAUGCAUUUAGUCAGAAUUCAUUCAUAAAUGUCAAACAAAAUCCGUCAUCGUUUUCUUCAUUCAAUGCUAUACCAAAAGCUUCUGUUUCAGGAUCAGCACCACAAUCUACAGUUUGCUUCGAUUCCGGUUCAGCUUGCGUUUCAGCCAAGUUCUGUUACAAUGGAUUUAUUGAUCAAAUAGCAGAGCACAAAGCUGUUCGUAGUUCGUCAGGAAAAUGUUACGCACCUGAAGUGUGUUGUCGCUUCGCAAUAAGGCGAAGUGCUCCCUACAGUCAAGACAACUCAGUGUCAGCAGCUGAGUCAACAUCAGAGAUAUUAACGAAGGAAGGAUACGUCGUGAGAAAGCCAAGCAAUCAAUAUUUACCGAGUUACCCUGAGUUUAACCCAGCGCCAUCAAAUGAUCAAGAAACAUUCAUUAAACCAUCAACACAACCACCACCCCCACCCCCACGAACGCAACCACCAACACAAAGACCAACUCAAAGGCCUACUCAAAGACCAACUCAAAGACCUACAACCCAAAGACCACCAUACCAACCACAGCCUUCAGAUAAUCGACCAGUUACAUUUGAACCUGCACCAGUAAUCAUUCCUGUCGGUUGUUCAGCUGCCAUGAAUUGCACAAAUAUUCAAUACUGCACCCAAAACGGAGUAAUCUCGAAAACGCCCGUCACUCUUACACCUCAACAGGAAAUGUUCCGUGUUCCAAUGACUGAUUGUCGUCAUCCGGAAACAAAUGAAGUCGGAAAGUGUUGUCGCGAUCCAGAUUAUGUUGAUCCAUGGCCAGUUGGUCGUACCGGUCAAUAUGUGCCAGAAGAGAUUAAUGCUGCCUUUGACAGUGGAGCAUAUAAAUCUGAGCCCAGUGGUGAUGUUGCAGUUCGCGUGAAGCCAGACGGUUACGUCGUCCCACAGCCAUCAAACAAUCAAGCACGAUUGUAUCUGCCGCCUAGCCCGAACCGAAUUUAAUUUAGUGUGUAACUUAAUGCCAUCAAUUCUUCGUUUCAUUUUCAUUUGAACAACAACGUCAUAAAACUAUUUCGUUGCAAAAUUUUUUGCUAGCUUUUACGAUACGAGAGUUUUUCCAUGAUGCAACAUGGAUCGUCAGCUGUGAUAAUUUUAAUCAUUGAAAAUGUGAGUUCUGUUUCUCUACUCUGACACCAUGUGAUAAAUGACUCCGUUCGUGUUUAAUCUUUCUCUAUUACUCUUUUUUUUUUCUUUUUUUCGCCAUGGAUCAUGUCACGAUUUACAUUAAACGAAAAUUUUUCCUCGUCGCAUUUCAUAAACAAGCGAAGAAGACGAAGAAAUAAAAAAUCUUUUAUCAUUUUUCAUAAAUAAAUUCUUUCAGCAUGAUGAAAUAAAAAUGUUUUUUAAUAUUAAAAGAAGAAAUAAAAUAAAAUCAUGAAAGUAAUAACGAAUCAGUAUUGUUUUCAAAUAAAAAUGGUUUUUUAUAUAAAUAAAAUUACGUGAUGAGAAUUACGCAAUGACAAUAAAUAACUUUUUUUUUGUGAGCCC